AAUCUUCACCCCCACCUAUCUCUAUCUACACACAUAUCUCCUUCUCCAUCUCUCCAAAGCUGCAACUCAAAAUCUCCCUAUAUAUAUAUACACGCACAUAUCUUGAUCAAUUCAUCAGCUUUGAUUUGGUCGGAAUAGGAACAGAAGAAGAGAUGGAGCAACGCGGUAAAGUGAGAGGCGAUUACACCGAGGAGGAAAUGGACCUCCGGAGAGGCCCAUGGACCGUCGAAGAAGACUUCACCCUCAUCAACUACAUCGCUCAUCACGGCGAAGGCCGCUGGAACUCCCUCGCCCGCUGCGCUGGCCUAAAGAGGACUGGAAAGAGCUGCAGGCUGAGGUGGCUAAACUACCUCCGCCCCGACGUCCGCCGCGGCAACAUCACUCUAGAAGAGCAGCUUCUCAUCCUGGAACUCCAUUCCCGCUGGGGAAAUCGGUGGUCGAAAAUCGCGCAGCAUCUCCCGGGGAGGACAGACAACGAGAUCAAGAACUACUGGCGCACACGGGUGCAAAAGCAUGCCAAGCAGCUGAAAUGUGACGUGAACAGCAAGCAAUUCAAGGACGCCAUGCGCUACCUUUGGAUGCCGAGGCUGGUGGAGCGGAUCCAAGCAGCCUCGGCCUCCGCCACCACCACCGCCGCGCAGCUGCCUUCCUCCGCCGCCGGAAACUACCACCUCGCCGACAGCGGCUGUUUCGGGCAGCCUCACAACAUGGUCAACUCUCAGACGACGCCGGAGAACUCCAGCGCCGCCGUCUCCGCCUCCUCCGACUCUUUCAACCACAACCAAGACCAGUGCUACGCGGCGGCGGAUCAGAUAAGCUACGGCGGCGAUAAUCAGCAGAAUCAAACCGACUACUUUAAUCAAGGGUUGGAUUUCAGCAGCAGCCAGUGGAUGGAUUGUGGAGGUGACAAUUUGUGGGAUGUGGAGGACAUGUUUUUCUUACAAAACCAGUUCAAUAGCAAUGUUUAAAACAUGUUGUAUUGAAUAAUCAAACCCUGCUUUCUGAAAAAAAUACUAGAAAAAAAAAGUAGUUUUUUUUUUUUAAAAGAUUACCAUAGAAUUGGUGGGAGAGGGACAGGCUCAUAGUUAACUUGUGCUAUUUUAGAGUUUGUAUUCUUUUUUUCUUCCUUUUUUUCGUGGACGGCCAAAAGAAAUUGAAAAAUUUGUAACUUCGCUAUCAUUCUUUGGAACACACUUAUAUAUGUAUCAUUUCUUGGUCUUUGUUUA